CUGCGAAUAGCACCAAAGGCCAUUGCGGCGGGAUAGACGAGAACCGGUUCACAUCAGACAAGUAGCUGGGACCAAGCCAGGCCCAUUGGGUAUCAGCGACAGCCAUGGCUACGCCUCAUAUAUCAGCGGCGCAGGCGAUCGGCGAAUAUCUCCAAUCGCCAGACGAUCUUGCCAAGGUAGUUGCAUAUCGCAAGAAGCUGGAAAAGGAGAAAGCUUCUAUCGAUGCUAGAUUGAAGAGUGGUGUCAAGGAACAACUUGAUGCUACUCGCGAAGGUCUCAAAAAGCUGCUCAGCACUCGGAAUAACGUCCAGGCUAUCAAGGAGGAAAUGCAGACAGUCGACAGGCUCUGUGCGGACCCACAGAACGAAGUAGCAACGUUCGACCAGAUCAGCAGGGUUUCCAUCGUUCAUCGGAAUUUUGAACAAACUGAGGAGAUGGUCAAUAAUCUUCUCGAGAUGAAUUCCAAGCUUGACGUGCUUGAGGAGAUACUCGCAGCUGACAGCGAAAACCUUAUUGGUCCCGCUCCGAACUUGCUCCCCAUGCACUUUCAAAUCAACCGUCUUGAGGCGUUCCGAAACCAGACCAUGCAUCAAGCGAAACAAGCUUCUGUGGCAUCUCGUCAAAAACUAAUUCGCAUAUUCGAGCGUCUCUCGAAGCUUAUAGAAGAUUUUGAGUUUUAUGUACUCGAGCUCGCACGCAAUAUCCUUCCCCUCGUUCGCGCAGGUUUCCCCGAGGUAGUCGUCAAGCUUAUCAAAAUCGCAGAACUCGAAGGAAGAGAAGACGAGAAGGUGUGCACGCUUCUCUCCCUAAUUUCUAUCCGCCUAGUCAAAAAGGCUGCUAAGAUGGACGCAGCGUCGAAGUUCAAAUCCAUGCAGGCCAAUGCGCGUGUCUUGAAACACUACCGCUCCAAGAUCAUGAAAGCCAUCUCGGAAUCCAUUAGAUCUAACUUCGACGAUGCCUUCGAAAGUAAUGAACGCGAUCCAAAUGCAUUUCUGGACAACCUCGGAUGGAUAUACCAGGACCUCAUUCGCAUCGAGAGCGACGUCGUCCCGUGCUUUCCUCCCGGUUAUGAUAUCUACGCGUUUUACAUCCGGGAGUACCAUAAGAAUCUGGAUGCAGUAUUUAAGCGUCUCGUCGCCUCAGAACCGGAGGCUAGCAUCCUUCUUCACCUCCACGCUUGGCUCAAGGAAUACAAGAAGAGCAUGAAGGAACUGAGCGUCCCACCCGAGCUGAUAGAUCCACCGUUACUCAAUGGCGAGGAGCAGGACUUGAUCGAGGAUUACCUCAAGCUCAUUGUGAAGAAGUUAGACGAGUGGUCUGCUAACCUGAUGAAGACGGAAAUUCAAGAGUUCACUACGCGAGCUAACCCGCCGGAAGUAGAUAGCGACGGCCUAUACGGCAUGCAAGGCGCCGUCAUACUUUUCCAGAUGGUCAAUCAGCAGAUCGACGCGGCAACCGAGAGCGGUCAGGGUGCAAUCCUUGCUCGAGUCGUUGAGGAAGUUAAUCGUGUUGUGCGUGGCAUACAAGACCAAUGGAGCAAAGUUGUUGACUCGGAAUUCAAAAAGCAAGUGGAGAAGCCGGAAGAAGUUAUAGGGGGUCUCGCAGAGUACUGCUUGGCGCUUGCGAACGACCAAGUCAAAUCCGCUGACAAUACCGAGGCUCUUCUAGGGAGAUUAGAGCCACUGGUCUCCGAAAAAUAUCGAGUUCCUAUCAAUGACAAGCUUAACGACGCCAUGGAUGGGAAUCUUGACGUCGCGAAGAAGUGCACCCAGACUUUCAUCGACAUCAUUUUCAAUGACCUCAAACCAGCGACGAAACAACUCUUCCAGCCAUCCUGGUAUGAUGGCGCUAUAGAACAAAUCGUCGUUACGAUGAAGGACUACAUGUCUGACCAGCCAUUUAUCAAACCCGCUCUUUUUGAACUCCUCGUCGAGUAUCUCAUCGAUGCCUUUCUAGUGACAUAUCUUACUGCUCUGGCAAACUGUUCAAAGCUGCGCAUGCCCGAUGCUACGGAGCGUAUAAAGGAGGAUAUAAGCGUCGUAUUUGCCUUCUUUGGCGACUACAAGUCGGAUAAGGAACUAGAAGGAUACUUCGAAGUUGUCGAGAUGAUCCUUGCUAUGCUGGAAGCCUCCAAGAGCAUGGCAUUCCUCUCCUAUUGGUCGUUUGCAAAGGUCCAUGGGCCAUGUAUUCCCUUUGUCGAAGGACUUAUGAAGGCCCGGGGAGACCUUGACCGCUCUGGGGUUAGCGAAGUCAUGGACAGUAUCAAACGCAAAGUCAAGGACGAAGGAUUGACUGAUCGUGCGUACUUGCUGUCGUUCAUCCAGCACAUUUUUUAUCAUGUCAAUAUUAUCCAGCGCCCCAACCGACGAUUAUGAAGAAGAUUACGGUCCAAAGUGCACUUUCGCGAUUUUUACGAACUCAGUGAUUCCGUCGUUCUUGCUUCCCGACCAAUUUUGUUGUACAACUAUACAAGCGGUGGUGAGGAGAAAUUUGUUGCAGCAUAAUGGGAAUGUCCGUCGAGCAGAGCAUCAUACCAUCAUCUCCGCUCGCCAGGAUCGAGAGGACGCAGAGAUUCGACACCGUUGCCAGCCUUCGAUCAGGCGGAAACUGAUCCCGACAGGCCUGCAUAGCGAUAGCAGCCGUAAUCUCAGCUAAUUAUAUU